AUGGAAGCAAUUACACAACUCAAAAAAUUUAUUGGUCAUCAUUUUAAUGUGAAGAGCUUUCAUAGGUAUAUGAUUAACAAUGACAUCUCGGAUGUUGAAACAUUGAUCAAAUUUUGUUAAUUGGAUAAUACUGGAUAGAGAUUUAAUUUAUGGAGAUUGUUUUUUAACAUUUACUCCAUAGAAGACACAGUAUUUGAGAAAAUAGGUAAGUUAUCCAAAACAAGAGAAACCUAUAAAUAAUUAGAGCAAAAGUAUUCAAGAUCUUAAGAAGCUUCAUCAACAACUAAGAUUGAGGAUUAACCUAAAAAAGGUCCUUUAGGAGGUCCAUUAGGCGGACCUUUAGGUGGCCCAUUAGGAGGAGGAUCUAAAAUAAAGACAGCUACCCAAAAUCCAAUGGAAGAUGCUGAACUAAGAAAUGAAAUAAGAAAGGAUGUUGAAAGAACAUAUCAAGAGAUUUAGUUUUUUGCUAAUAAGAAAGUGUUGCAGAUACUUACUAGUGUAUUGUUUAUAUGGAGCAAAGAAAAUAGUGAAAUUUCAUAUAGACAAGGGAUGAAUGAAGUAGCUGCCUCCUUAAUUCACGUGUACUUUCAAGAAGCACUUUAUUAAGAUGAAAUUGACAAAAUACAAGGAGCAUCAGAGGACGACAAGUAAAUCUUAUUACAGUUUAAUUCAUGGGAGCAUGCUGAGGCUGACAUCUACACACUCUUUUAGAAAUUGAUGAAUGAUGCACAACACAUGGAAAUGUUCAGACCAAACUAUACAGAAGCAUAAAAGAUUAAAUUAUAAAGUAAAAAGCCAAGUGCAAUCUUAACAAGAGUCUCUAAAAUUUAAGAUAUCCUUUUAAAACAAGUUGAAAUGCCUUUAUUUAGACAUCUCAAAUUAUUACAAGUGGAAUUCCAAAUAUUUUUAUUAAAAUGGAUAAGAUGUAUGUUUACUAGAGAAUUACAUUUAAUAGAAUCUUUUAAAGCAUGGGAUGCAGUCUUCUAUGAUUUUUAUGAAUAAAAAACAGAAACAUUAUUCUUUGUUGAUUGCAUAGCAAUUGCAAUGAUAUUGUAUGUUAAAUAGCCAAUAAUGGAAAUGGAAGAUUCCAGUUAAUGUUAUCAAAGAUUCCUCAAAUAUCCUCCAGUUUCUAAUUUACCAGCUCUACUUGAGUCUGCUAUCAAUGUGAGAGCCAUUUUAUUGAACUAAAAAUCUGCUACUACUUUGGAUGAAUAAAAUGAAUCUAAUCAACCAGCAAUUUAUUCAGAUAAACAAUUCAAUCCUGUUUUUUUUGCUUAGCCUACAGACAAAGUGGAAGGAAUGGAUGCUAAGUUUGUGAAGAUUACUUCUGAAAAGCCAUAAUUUAGAAUGAAAGGCGAUGUAGAUUUAGUCUACAAAGAUGAAACUUCUCCAGAUAAAUCAAAUCAAAAUUAGCAAUAAUUUAUUAAUCCCUUACAACCGAGAUCAGUACCUCAAUAAUAAAAGCCUUAGUAAUAACCACAAUAUUAUUAAGCUUAAUAACAAAUAUAAUAGUCAUAUUCAACUUCUUAAGCUACUCAAAGUGGCAAUUAAUCAUCAAUUACAACAAACUUUUUCGAUUCUAGUUUAUCAAGUACAAAUAGUAAAACCAUCAAAACCUAAUUUUAAGUAGAGGAACAAUCAUAACAAGUAAAAAAAGCUUAAGCUCCAUCGAAAAAUUCUAUUUAAAUUCCUAUUCAAUAGGCUGAAGAUAUGUUUGGAACUUUGGAAGAAACUCUAAAGUUCAUGAAAUCAUUUAAAGAUCAUUCAAACUAUUAGGAUCUCUUAAUGAAUUUGACAGAAAUGAAAGAUUAUUUUGAAUCUUAGAUUAAUGAAAAUUCAUAACCAGAAAAGUAAUAAAAUCAAUAAGAUGAUAAUAGUAUAUCUAGCAAAGUGAUAAGCUUCCUAAAGAAAAAACCAUGA